AUGAACUGGACGGUCAUACCACGAGAUGAUAGUCUACCUUCGAUGACUAUUACUGUUCGCAUCAUAGUCCUCGUCCUUGCUAUUCCAACUACCUUUGUUUGCGGUCUCUGGCUCUACUUACGGAAAUUUGUUUUGAACUCAUGGGGACUGGAUGACUGGAUGGUAAUGAUCGCUCUUGUUAGUCUUCCCAAAUGCUCGAGCAGUGGGCGACGGAUUACUGAGCCACAACAGGUCAUGGUGAAUGGUUUCUCGACGCUUGCAUUUACGAUCACCUACUAUGGCCUCGGAAAAAAGACCAUGGAUGUUCCAGAUGCAGACCUGCUGGUUUGGUGGAAGAUCUACUAUGCGGCGCUCUGCAGCUACUUGCUUGUUGCUGCAUCGGUCAAAACAAGCCUCACUGUGUUUAUAAUGCGGCUUUUCCCCACCCACAGUAUAAGCAUCGCUGGCAAGUCCAUUUUGGGAUUUCUAGCAGUCUUCACGCUCGCAGGAACCUUGGCUUUGGCAUUCCAGUGUCGACCCGUUCGCGCUGGAUUCGACAAAACCAUCCCAGAUGCGAAAUGUUACAGUGUCAACACUUCCUUUGCCAUCCUCAUGGCGCAAGGUGUCAUUAUGUUUGUGAUGGAUCUGGCCAUCCUCGCACUUCCACUCCGUCGCGUCUGGCAGCUUCAAAUGCCACGUGGACGAAGGGUCUUGGUACUUGGAUUAUUUUGCCUUGGUUUCACAGCAUGCAUCGCGGCACUGGUUCGCUUCAGCACCUUGGCCUAUGCCAGGGACGAAACAGACUACACCUACACGGCUGCCACUUCACUCAUCUGGAUGGAACUCGAGUUUAAUCUUGGUCUCAUAUCCGGCUCCCUCUCAUCUUUGCGCAAACUCUUUCAGAUUCGAUCGCCUUUCAAGUCGCGACGAACCUCCUCUUUCACGGGCAGCCGCUCCACCAACGUCGAACUAGGGAGCUAUAAAGGCUGGGGCGGGGGAAUCAGCAAGCAAACGGAGAUCAACAGGGCUUUUGAGAUCUUAGACAGCAGCCAGGAGCACAUCGCCCCGAUCUACGGCCAGGGUGAAUUAUGCACCACCACCAAUGCAUUCUCUAAUGGGAAGCUUAGCCGUUAG